CCUCCGCCUCGGAGCCGGCGCCCGGCGGAGAGUGCUCGGCUGGUGCCGCCUGCACCCCGAGCCCAGCCCCUGCGGGAGGAGGCCGUCUAAUCCCGCCAGAAGGAUGCUGGAGAGCGGCUGUAAGGCGGUGAAGGAGGGCAUGCUGGAGAAGAGGAGCGACGGGCUGCUGCAGCUCUGGAAGAAGAAGCGCUGUAUCCUCACCGAGGAGGGGCUGCUCCUUAUCCCUCCUAAGCACCCCCCGCCGCAGCAGCAGCAGCAGCAGCCGGCGCCUCCGGCCGAGCCGGCGGCCAAGAUCAAGGAGCUUCAUUUCUCCAACAUGAAGACGGUGGACUGCGUGGAGCGGAAGGGCAAGUACGUGUACUUCACGGUGGUGAUGGCCGAGGGGAAGGAGAUCGACUUUCGGUGUGCACAAGAGCAGGGCUGGAACGCGGCGAUCACGCUGCAGAUGGUGCAGUACAAGAACCGCCAGGCCAUCCUGGCCGUGCGCUCCACCCGGCAGAAGCAGCAGCACCUGGCGGCGCCCCACGGGCCGCGCCUCCGCGGCGCCUCCAACUCCGCCUAGCGCAGGUUAUGUUCACGGAGCGCUUCGGAGAAGAGCGACAGAGCGCGUUCGUGACGGAACCUGCUCCAGGGGCUCAGAAGCUGGGCGAGCGCCGGAGGUGCAGGUAGACCGGAGAGAAGCGGCUCAAUAACCUGAACUUCAGUCAGCUGCUGCUGCUGCUUUGCCGCCCUCGUUGCCGAGAAGCAUUUCAAAUCCAUUAUUUAUGAACCUUGGAAAGGAUCCUUUGGUGCGAUGGGAUUUCUAGGAGACAUGAUGUACUGUAACUUUAUUUUAAUGUAUUUUAUUUUAUUUAUUAGGGUCGUUUUCUUUUGGUUUUGUUUUCCUUUUUAUUUUUUAAGGGUUAUUUGCAAGACAUUUCUGAAUGUAGGCCGUAUCAAAAAAGUAAAGGAAAAAAACAACAUGCAUGUUAGCUCCCUAAAAGAACGGGAAAGUUCUGGGUACUUUGACUCUGUGCAAUUUGACAAAAAAAGUUAUUCAUUUUUCCCCUAAAAGACAUUAUAUUCCACCAGCUUGGAAAAUGGGAUGUGUGUUUCAAAAUUUGGCUGAAAUCCAUACUGCAUAUGAAACCUGUUUUCUCUAAUGAGAACGAUUAUAGUCUGGACCUUAAAUGAUUUUUUUAAUAUUAAACGUGGUGGAAAAUGAUAAAAAGUUAUUCAUGCUUGAGUAUUCAAAAAAGCAAUGUUGCUUGUCAUUCUGAGAUUAAAACCAAUCUCUUUAGUGUAUGAGUGGAAGGAAUUUGACCAACUUCUUUUGUGAUACAGGAGUCUGAGUUGGAUUCCAGCUAUCUGUGUUGUGUGCUUGCUCCUAGGCUGGUGGGCCAGAGCUGGGAAGUGUUCAUGAAUGUUUCUUAGCAUCCAAGUUUAGGGCUCCCUCUGCACGCUCAGUUCUUAAGUGAUCUGGACUCUCAACCUGUGUUGCAUUUUCAUGGCGUUUUUUUAAUGUCUUGCAUUAAAGCAGUCAAUAGUUUAAAAUCCAUUUUACAUAUGUCUUAGUGUGUAAAUGGAUUAUUUGGGUCACAAUUUUCAUAAGCUUAAACUUGCUCUCUGGAUGAGAUGAACUAGAUUAAUUUUGGUGCUUAGCACUGUCAGAUGUUGGGAGAGGCGUGCCAUCUUGCCUCUAAAGACAUUGAUGAAACCAUGAAGUUGGAAAACAAGGGGCUAAUUGCACAGCUGGUGUGUGUCUCUGCCUCUUAAAAGUCAGUGGGAGUUUGGCUGCCGGUGCUGGCAGGAGCGGGUCAGAGCCUCCUUGCCCAGUGCAGAGGAGGGAGUCGAGUGUGGUCAGUGAGCUUUCUAGGACAGGGCUCUUCUGACGAUGGGUGGCUUCAUGUUGGGCACUGCUACCGCCCAGGUUCUCAGAUUUAAAUGAAAUGGGGAGGCUGCAAGUGGAACAGAGCAAUGUGGCCCAUUAUCUCGGCUCCAAAGUAAAAUGUCAAAGCCAUGGAGGUACUUAUUUUAGCUAGCGUGGUGAGGAAAAUGGCUUUUGGCCCGUUUACAAUUUACAUUAAUAUAAACAAAAUCUUUUAAAGCUACACAUCCAAGGCUUUUCUUUCUGUGUAAAUGAGGUGUAACUUGAUAGCAAGAGCCUAACAUUCUUGGUGCAAACUUCUGUAAGUGUUCAAAGCAAAAAGCUGAGGUGAUACUCAAAGGAAGAUUUUAGAAUUCGCUACUGUGUAGGUCCCUUCCUCUGCGCUCUAAGCUCAGUCCUGUAAGGAGUAAGUUGAGGUCUGUGUUAGCCCUCAGCUUUUGUUCCUUCCCCCAGGUGUCAGGGUCACAUACCUAGACAAGCAAAACAUGUCAUGAUGCAGAAUCUAAGCCCUGACGAUCCUCUGUAGUUACUCCUGAGCGCUUCUUUUCCACCUGGCCCUUGACAAGGCGUGAUGAACUUGGGGUGGUAGAUUACAGCUGUCCUAACAAAGUCAUUAUUUUGUGAUUAAUUGAAAUCGAAGGUGCCCCGCAUCUUUUAGGAUUAGGUUUGCUGGCUUGGCAAUCAUAAUACUCAAUUUCCACAUCUCUGUACAUGUGCCAUAAUCAUUCUGCUAAUCGUUGGAUGUUAGAGCUGCAAGGGGAUUCUCUAAUGAGCUAGUCAAAGACUCACAAAAUAGACUGUAAUUUGUAAUUUGGCUCCUCUCUUUAGAGUGAUUGAUUACAGUUUACUGAGAAACUAAUCCACCUUUUCAGGUAUACAGAUGUAUUGCUGAUCUCACCUACUAAAAUACAUUUUAGCCUACUGAAGGAUAAAUGUAACUCAUGAGAAUUUAUUCCUAUUUAAUCAGAGACACACGUAUUUCUCUGAGAGAGGCAGUUAUUCUUGUCCUCAGUGGAUGCAAGCCUCUGAAUGCAACAAAAGUCUAUGGAUGUAGUCUAAAGCUGAAAUUUUACUGUUCUUGUGGAAGUACUUUGAAAGCUGAAGAUCAUAAUUUUAGUGAGAAAAUUGGCAUGAAGGUGUGAGGAAACUACUUUCAUUUUGAGUUUGCUGUUCCUUUUCACUGGUUCAAAGUCAUUACCCCACUUUUAUAUUUCUUGCUUUAAGUUGGUCUGAAGGAUAAUCUGAAAACAUUUUGGACUGAUGUAGUUCAACAAACUUUUGUUGCUUGUCAUUGCCUGCUGUGUUACCUGUUUAAAAACUCUAGUGUCAGCCAGCCCCCUAUUGUGGGAGGUGGUCACAUCACAAAAUCUACCUUGAUACAUCCAGCCUGAGAGAGUGGGUUGGGUGUAAGGAUCAAACUUUUUCCUUGUGUCUCCAGACUGUCUGCUGGAAGCUGAAUGGGAACAAAUUGGCUAAGGUCUCCUGGGGACAGUCGGACUGUGUGGCUCAUGCCCUGUCAGUAUAAAUAAAGCUAAAUUGUCUGAUGAGGACAGUCUGACAACUUUCUCACACUCUGAAUUCCACGGCGUGUGGGGGGGGGUUUUUGUGUGGGGGUUUUUUUUUGUUUUUUUCUUUUUCCCCCCUUGACUGAUUGUAAUUUUAGACCAAGAAAUUGUUUGAUUGUUUGAUGUUAUAAAAGGUACUUCUGGGGUUUUUUUCAUCUUGUGCCUCUACUACUGCACAGUCUUCAUUUGAACAUGUGGAUUAAUUUGAAUGCAUAGUCUGGAUUUAAUACAGUCUGUUACUUCUUUAUAAACAAUGGCUAUGAAAAUAGGUUCAGCACAACAUAAUCCAUCUUAUUGGAGCCUUGCAAGUAAAUAAAUCAAGUUGUCCUUCCUCUUCCAAAAAAAAAAAAAAAAAGGAAAUCUGACAGCACAUGGCUGAAGAAGUGAAUUUACUAGAGAAUAAACAAAAAUGCUGGUAAAACACACACAGGCAAAUGCUUGGUAUAGAUAGCAAAAGUGGGGACAGUCUGUUCAUAAAGAGGUCAAAAUUAUUUGUUAUAAUUAAAAAAUAAAAGAGUAAUCAAGGGACGGAUUCAGCAAGAAAAUCCAAGCUGUGGUGACCAAGAAAAUUUAGGAACUGGGGGAAAAGUAAGAUCAAGUGGAUGUUGUUUCUGUGACAUCCUGAAGUAAUUCCUCUUCUUUAAGGUUCAUGAUAUUCAAAUGCUUCUGAUUUAUAGCUACAGUGAUGUACAAAAUGGUUUCUAGCAUAUUCUCUUGUGAACAGAAAUACCAGUGUCAUCAAAAAAAGUUUGUGUGUAAAUAUGAAUCAUAAAUGAUUUCUGAGAGAUGUGAUUUAUUUUUCAUAUUUUUCAAGAUACAUUCCAUUUCAAAUAAAGAGGUAUCUAUUGAA